AUGUCUUGGGCCGGAUUUAAGAAGAAUGUCAACCGGGCGACGACCCAGGUGAUGAUGAAGACCGGUCAUGUCGAGAAGACCAAUGAUCGCGAUUAUGAGAUUGAAGAGAGACGCUACCGCACAAUGGAGUCUGCCGCAAACAGACUACAAAAGGAAGCAAAGGGAUACCUAGACUCAUUACGAGCUAUGACUGCUUCUCAGAUGCGAAUUGCCGAGACUAUCGAUGCUUUUUACGGCGAUGCUGGAGCCAAGGAUGGUGUUAGCAGAAGCUACAAGCAGGCUGUUGAAGAUCUGGAUGCUGAAACAAUAAAGGCGCUCGAUGGACCCUACCGAACAACCGUUCUUGACCCUAUUUCUCGUUUCUGCGCAUACUUUCCCGAUAUAAACGAAUGUAUCAAGAAGCGUAACCACAAACUCCUCGACUACGACUCCAUGCGCGCCAAAGUCAAGAAACUCGUGGAAAAGCCAGAUAAGGAUGCCUCCAAGCUACCGCGCGCCGAAAAGGACGCCGAAAUGGCCAAACAGGCCUAUGACCAGUUAAACGAACAGUUAUACAAUGAGUUACCGCAACUUAUCGAUCUCCGUGUUCCGUAUCUUGAUCCGUCGUUUGAGGCUCUGGUCAAGAUUCAGCUCCGUUUUUGCGCCGAGGCAUAUAGCCGUAUGGCCCAGGUUCAGCAGUACCUUGACUCGGACACGAGAGAAGAGUAUGCUUCCGGCAACCUGGAUAAUAAGGUAGAACAGGUACUGCAGGAGAUCAGAGAUUUAAGCAUUGCCGGAACAGUGUGA